UUUAGUCCUCAUUCUUUUUCCUCAACUUGUUCUUCAUUCUUUCCUCGUAUGCAUAAUGAGCCUCUAAUUUGUGUUGUUUUUGUUGAAAGUCUACUCUUUCCUCCAACCGAAUAUAUUCUUGUCCUUCCAAUUCAACUGCCACCACUCGUUUUCAAAAGCUCGAUAAACAGAACCAUAAGGAACCCUUAAAAAAAGAUUUUAUAUGAAAAAACAAAGUAUUGAUUCCAUUGUGUUAGUUGAAUUCUAUCCUUGCUCUCAAAGUGAUGCCAAUUAUAUAAGAAGACUCAACAACAUAAACCCCCGGUUCUAUUCUAUAUUCUACUUAGCCUUUUUCUUCUCUUGCUUUGUUGUUCUUUGCUUGCUUAUCCUUAAGGAUUGAUAUCAAGCUCAGAGUUAAAGCUAUGGAACGUGGGGUUCUUGAUGCUAUCAUCAAUAGGCUGCUUGAAGUAAGAGGGAAACCUGGGAAACAGGUUCAGCUUUCAGAGGCAGAAAUCAAGCAGCUUUGUAUGGUCUCCAGAGAUAUCUUCUUGAAGCAACCCAAUCUGUUGGAACUCGAGGCACCAAUUAAGAUAUGUGGAGAUAUCCAUGGUCAAUAUUCUGAUCUUUUGAGACUUUUUGAGCAUGGUGGAUUGCCUCCUCGCUCCAAUUACUUAUUUUUAGGGGAUUAUGUGGAUCGUGGAAAGCAAAGUCUUGAGACAAUAUGUCUUCUUCUUGCCUAUAAAAUAAAAUACCCAGGAAACUUUUUCCUUCUUAGGGGAAACCAUGAAUCUGCUUCUAUAAACCGUGUCUAUGGAUUUUAUGAUGAAUGUAAAAGGAGAUUCAAUGUCAAGCUUUGGAAAAUAUUUGCAGAUUGUUUCAACUGUUUGCCUGUGGCAGCUCUCAUUGAUGAAAAGAUAUUAUGUAUGCAUGGUGGACUCUCUCCUGAAUUGCACAAUCUAAAUCAGAUAACUAGUUUGCCACGUCCAAUGGAAGUACCUGAAACUGGUCUAUUAUGUGACCUACUAUGGUCUGAUCCUAGUAAACACACUCAGGGUUGGGGAACCAAUGAACGUGGAGUUUCAUAUACUUUUAGUGCUGGCAUGGUGACAAAAUUUCUUGAAAAACAUGACCUUGACUUGAUUUGUAGAGCACACCAGGUUGUUGAAGAUGGAUAUGAAUUUUUUGCUAAUAGACAACUUGUGACUAUCUUUUCUGCGCCUAAUUACUGUGGAGAGUUUGACAAUGCUGGAGCAAUGAUGACUGUGGAUGAGAGUCUUACGUGCUCUUUUCAAAUAUUAAAGCCUGUGGAUAAAAGGCCCAAGUUUGGUUUUCGGAGCACAACUUCAUUUAAGGUUAGUAGUCCAACAAAAGUCUUGGUGUUUUAGUUCUUCAAUCUAGAAUUUGCACUCGUUCAGUGAUAAAUUAUUGAAAUAAGUCGUGAUUACUGACUAGCAUAACUUUAUACGGGAAGCACAGUGCUAUUAAUAUAACUGCUACUAGUGUCCUCAAUAGUACUGACGGUUAUGUAUAAGUGAAGAACGUGAGAGAAACACAAUCCUUUUCGCCCUUCUGAGUGAGUCUCACUAGGUGUGAGAGGAACAUUUUCACCUAGUGCAUGAGGUGAAUAAACAAGGAAAUGAGGUUCAAUAUAGUGAGGUCACAUUUGUCUCACUUACUUUUAGAUGCAAGGGUGUAACCCCUUAAGUGUGCCUUGGUGGCAGACCCAAUGGAUAGUGUACAGAACAAUGUCCAAAUUAAAAUUAAAAAUAAUGUCUAAAUUUCUUUUUUAUUUUUUACAUUUAUGUUGCAAAUUUCUGCUAAAUCACAUGAAAGGACGGGUGAGGAUAAUCCUUGUAGAUGCUUUUAUAUAUUUGUAUAGAGGUUAUUUUCGAAUUCAAAAUCAUAAUUUUUCAGUCAUAAAAAAAAUAAAACCUUUAUAACUGGCAACAUAUUUUUCAAACUCGCCUUAUUGGGAAAAAUCAUGACAACAUUUUUUGGUUUUAAUUAUGGGUUUAAAUUAUCUUAUGUGGGAGAGUUCUCUCGUGUUAGUGAAAUAUUAAAAGUCGUGCCAUUUUUUGUUUCUUUUUUGGGUUUUUAAAAAGUAUUUUAUUAUUCUUAUGUUAUAUAAGAAAAAAAUUAUCUCCCGCACACAUAAAUUCAAGAUGGGUUUCAUUUUAUUUUUUUUCUCUCUUUCCUUAAAAGUGGAUCCCACCUAUACAAAUGAGUCACUUGGAGAUGUAGAGCACCUAUACAAGUGUUCUGAUACCAUGUAGAGAAUUUUAGGAUACACCACCCUAAAAGCUAGCUCUAAGGGUGGGAGUGUCAAGGCCUUAUAAACUCCACAUUAGUUGCUCAUACAACCAAUGUGAGACUAUAUAUCUCAACAGGAAAUAAUAAUUAUCUCCUACUGCAUGAGAAAACUAUUACUCUUUUAAAAAAAGGUGAGACUCAGAUAAUUUGUUUCUAUAUCCCUUUAAUUAUUUAUCUUGUUGAAUCCCACCAAUUUCUUCUAUCUAAAGCACUUGCACCGUAUAUUCUAAGAUGUUUGCCAUCUUUCUUUUGUUUUAUCUAUUUCCAGCAUGCAUUUCUUGGUGCUAAAGAAUGACCAUGAUUUAGCUGACUUAGAUCAGAAAGAUUUGGAACAUAAAUUAACUUGGACAAAGUGAUAUCCCCGUUAACUUCAAUGUGAAGGAAGAAUAUAACUGGCAAUAUAUCUUUAACGUAUAGCAGAAGGUUUUUUUUUCUAUGGGGUCACAUUCUCACCAUGUACAAUGCUGCCAACACAAAUGGAGAGGACUCAGGUCACAGUUUUCUUUUCUUUCAACUUCUGGUGUAAGAGGAAGUUCACUGAUACAUUAUCUUCUCAUAUCUCCCUUUAUAUCAUAAUAUGGCAGCAU